AUGAAAUCGAAAUUACCACCAAAAAGGCGCCGAAUGUACGCUGCUGUAAAAAGAAAGCGUCGACUUGAGGAUGUUCCAAAUCCCGAUGGCGAAUUGUCUAGGAGCUCGAUUGCUUCUGCACCGGAACCUUUCCUUUCUCGUGUUGCGCCACACCUCUCAAACGACUUGCGUGCCGUUUCGCCGUCGUGCAGUGGCAAAUUUCCAAUCUGCGUGUCGCCAGUAAUUCGCAAAUCGGGUCAUGGCACACCACAUAAAGCGGACGCUGACAAGAAGAAGAUGCUCGAGUUGUUCAGUAUAGAUGCACUGUCGUUGCAAAAAUUAGUCCUUCUGAUGAAGCGUGACUUGUGUAUGAAUGGUUCGUCCACUAUAAACGUGCAGUCAGAAGUGCAAACGUUGCUUGCAUCAAUACUGAUCUCAGUGAACAAUCAUCAGAUUGUCGAAAUAACUGCAAUAUCGAAUAACUACAUUGGGACUUUUUUUUGGGGCACAUACCGGGAUUCGGACGGUCGGUGCUAUUCAGAUUCACUAGCCGACGUGCCAGCAAUGCUGCGAAGGAAAGGAAUUGAUCCAAAAAACAUCCCAUUUUCAAUGGAUGAAAUGAGAAGAAAUAUUGAGAAGGGGCGCUAUCGUCGGCUGGACAAGUUCCAGGAUGAUCUCUUUUUUCUCUUUGAUAUGGCCCUGGAACACACUCAUUCCGAUUCGCAGAUGUUCGAAGACACAGUCGAACUGUGGAUGUUCUUUUUGAAAACUCGGGAUGAUUUAACGCGUACAACGUUGUUGUCGCCGGCACGCUGGUAUUCCGAGCAGAUGUUAUUAGAGCACGUGAAUGAAAUUCGAAAGCGCAAGCUCGUGGAUGAAGCGAAAGAUGUUGAAGAGGAUAGAAAAUGUGAAACACUGGGACCAAAAGCGGAUGGCGAUGUUGAUUUGGCGACAGCUGGUCAAGGAGGCGUUGUAUACCGAGUUAAUGAUUAUGCGUACGUUGCGCCGGCCAGUGAAGACACAGUUGUGCAGCGACAUAUCAUGCGAAUUGAACGGCUCUAUCGUGACAGUGAUGGGCAGACAUUUGCUCGUGGCGAAGUAUUUUUGACUUCCUACUACGACACGGUCACGGUGGAUCGUUUAAUCGGCAAAUGUCACGUAAUGCCAGUUCGGCGGUUUAUGCGGCAGAAACCGAAGGGUUUUGAUGAUGACGAUGUGUAUGUAUGCGAAUGCCGUUAUAUGGGCCGACAGUUACACUUUAAGAAGUUAAAAGUAAGCGAAGACUUGAUAACUGAUAACGUUAUCUUAUUUAUUUAA